CCCGCUGAGCCCCGCAGGCCCCGCCGCGGCCGAGGCCAUGUUCCCCGUGUUCCCGUGCACGCUGCUGGCCCCCCCCUUCCCCGUGCUGGGCCUGGACUCCCGGGGGGUGGGCGGCCUCAUGAACUCCUUCCCGCCACCUCAGGGUCACGCCCAGAACCCCCUGCAGGUCGGGGCUGAGCUCCAGUCCCGCUUCUUUGCCUCCCAGGGCUGCGCCCAGAGUCCAUUCCAGGCCGCCCCGGCGCCCCCGCCCACCCCCCAGGCCCCGGCGGCCGAGCCCCUCCAGGUGGACUUGCUCCCGGUUCUCGCCGCCGCCCAGGAGUCGGCCGCGGCCGCUGCCGCCGCUGCAGCUGCUGCCGCGGCAGCCGCGGUCGCCACCGCGCCCCCGGCACCGGCCGCCGCCUCCACUGUGGACACAGCGGCCCUGAAGCAGCCCCCGGCACCCCCUCCGCCGCCCCCGCCCGUGUCGGCGCCCGCUGCCGAGGCCGCGCCCCCCGCCUCUGCCACCACCAUCGCAGCAGGCGCGGCCACCGCCGUCGUAGCCCCGACCUCGACGGUCGCUGUAGCCCCCGUCGUGUCUGCCCUGGAGAAGAAGACAAAGAGCAAGGGGCCCUACAUCUGCGCCCUGUGUGCGAAGGAGUUCAAGAACGGCUACAAUCUCCGGAGGCACGAGGCCAUCCACACGGGAGCCAAGGCCGGCCGGGUCCCUUCGGGCGCUAUGAAGAUGCCCACCAUGGUGCCCCUGAGCCUUCUGAGCGUGCCCCAGCUGAGCGGAGCCGGCGGGGGAGGGGGAGAGGCGGGCGCUGGCGGCGGAGCGGCCGCAGUGGCCGCCGGCGGCGUGGUGACCACCACUGCCUCGGGGAAGCGCAUUCGAAAGAACCACGCCUGCGAGAUGUGCGGCAAGGCUUUCCGCGACGUCUACCACCUGAACCGACACAAGCUGUCGCACUCGGACGAGAAGCCCUACCAGUGCCCGGUGUGCCAGCAGCGCUUCAAGCGCAAGGACCGCAUGAGCUACCACGUGCGCUCACAUGACGGCGCUGUACACAAGCCCUACAACUGCUCCCACUGUGGCAAGAGCUUCUCCCGGCCGGAUCACCUCAACAGUCACGUCAGACAAGUGCACUCAACAGAACGGCCAUUCAAAUGUGAGAAAUGUGAGGCAGCUUUCGCUACGAAGGAUCGACUCCGGGCACACACAGUACGACACGAGGAGAAGGUGCCAUGUCACGUGUGUGGCAAGAUGCUGAGCUCCGCUUAUAUUUCGGACCACAUGAAGGUGCACAGCCAGGGCCCUCACCAUGUCUGUGAGCUCUGCAACAAAGGUACUGGUGAGGUCUGUCCAAUGGCAGCAGCGGCAGCAGCAGCAGCAGCAGCUGCAGCAGCGGCAGUGGCAGCCCCUCCCACAGCUGUGGGCUCCCUCUCAGGGGCUGAGGGGGUGCCUGUGAGCUCUCAGCCACUUCCCUCCCAGCCCUGGUGAGCUCCAAGUUGGUGGGGGGAGAGAGUGGAGGAAAGCCCCUUGAUACCCUCUCCUCUUCCCCCCUUUUCCCACCAACUCCUGGAUACUUCCCCCACCAACCAAGGAGCCUCCAGAAGGAAAGGAGGAAGAAGACAUGUUUUCUUAGGGGAAUUCACUAGGUUUUAACGAUUUGUUUCUCCUGCUCCUUUCUUGUCAGACCUGACCCCAUACACACUUGCCCCUCGGUUGUGUUGAAGUCCCUUGGACAGUGGGCAGGGGUGGCAGAGGACAGGAGUGGUCACUGCCCUCACCCCCUCUCCUCUCUGUAAUCCCCUGCCCUGCUCUCCCAGGGAUUUGAGAGCCUUUUCCCUCAAUGGUCCUUCUUGCUCUCCUCCAGUUCACUCCCCCACUACUGUCUGCUGUCCCUCCCUGGGGAGUUGGUGCUUUUUUUUUUUUUUCCUCCCAGGGGGAGGGAGGAGGGAAAGGAGGGGAAUCAAAGAUUCUGUCCCAGAUGAAACAAGGCAAGGUUUGAGAAGGGGCAGAAACGGGCAAGUCAAAGGUUGUACCUUCAUAAGGUGGAGAUGUUUGGGGUCAGGCCCUGAACAGCACCCCUGCUUGAGAAUCUGUCAGGGGGAAAAAAAAGUCUAGGGGAGCAAAGGAAGGAGCCACUAGGGCCAGAGGCAGGACAAGAGAUGGAAUCUUAAGGGGGCCAGGGUAAGGGGGGGAAUCCAGGGACUAGAGGUGCUUCCUGGGAGUGGGGGAAUACAGCUACAGUGGCUCCCCCUUCCCUCUUCCACCCCAGCUCCAGCCCUGGCCUUUUUUUUUUUUUCAUCCCUCCUCCCCACUUCAGAAGCUGUGGCCCUGACCAUGUCAUCGUGUUCCUGUGUCCCCUGCAUGUUCCCUACCCUCCUCCCCCCUCCCUUUGCGCAGACCCCAUUACAAUAAAUUUUAAAUAAAAACCUGA